UGUACUUUUUACCAGUCAUCGCCGGUCAUUUGAUCAAACGCACCAAUUCAUUUUCGGCCCAUUCGGGCCUUCCAAAGCCCGGCUCAAAACCUUUCUCUUUCUUCUUUACGCAGGGCCCGUCGGAGCUCUUCAAUUCUCAAACUUCCGAUCGAUUCACCGCCGCCGGAGAUCUUAUCUUUCUAUUUCAUUCGAAUUCAUGGAGCAAUUAUAGAACUUCGAGAACCCAUUCCCUCAUUCAUUGAAAAAACGCAUUUGAGGGGGGUGGGUGGGGGAAGAAAGGAGAAGAAAUAAAUUCGCACAGAAAUGUCUAGGCAAAUGGCAAAUGCUGCGUUCCACAAAUCCAAAACCCUCGAUAACAAAUAUAUGCUUGGAGAUGAGAUUGGGAAGGGAGCUUAUGGUCGAGUCUAUAAAGGUCUGGAUUUGGAAAAUGGAGACUUUGUUGCAAUUAAGCAAGUCUCUUUAGAGAAUAUUGCUCAGGAGGAUCUCAACAUCAUUAUGCAAGAGAUUGAUUUGCUUAAGAAUUUGAACCACAAAAACAUUGUGAAGUAUCUUGGAUCCUUAAAGACAAAGACUCAUCUUUUCAUAAUUCUUGAGUAUGUAGAGAAUGGUUCACUUGCCAACAUUGUCAAGCCAAACAAAUUUGGGCCUUUUCCAGAAUCUUUGGUUGCUGUUUACAUCUCUCAGGUAUUGGAAGGGUUGGUUUAUCUACAUGAGCAAGGUGUAAUUCAUAGGGAUAUCAAGGGUGCAAAUAUAUUGACAACUAAAGAGGGUUUGGUGAAACUUGCUGAUUUUGGCGUUGCAACAAAAUUGACAGAGGCAGAUGUUAAUACACACUCAGUUGUUGGAACACCAUAUUGGAUGGCACCUGAGGUGAUUGAAAUGUCGGGAGUAUGUGCUGCAUCUGACAUCUGGAGUGUUGGCUGUACAGUUAUAGAACUUCUUACUUGUGUACCUCCGUACUAUGAUCUUCAGCCCAUGCCUGCUCUCUUUCGGAUUGUACAGGAUGAUCAUCCCCCAAUUCCAGACAGCCUUUCUCCUGCUAUCACUGAUUUUCUGCGUCAGUGUUUUAAGAAGGAUGCUAGACAAAGGCCUGAUGCUAAGACACUACUUUCACAUCCAUGGAUACAAAACUCAAGGCGUGCUUUGCAGUCCUCACUCCGUCAUAGUGGGACGCUAAGAAAUAUAGAAGAAGAUGGAUCGGCUGAUACAGAUGCAUCGAAUGAAGAUGAUAAGGGUGCUGCUGGAAGCUCUUCUUCGGACAAAGCAAAAGAAUCUUGUUCAGUGUUGGCAUCACCUGAAGUCUCGGAGAUUAGCAAGUCAGAAGAGUUUGAUGGCUCAACUAGUAAUCACUUAGAAGGAAGAACUGAUAAUAUUGAAGAUCAAUUUACGUCAGAUCAAGUUCCAACUUUAGCAAUCCAUGAGAAGUCUCCUAUUCAAAGCUGUGCUGAUGGAUUGGCUGUGAAUAAUGAAUCAACGCUUCAAAGUUCAACAGACUUGGUUGAGCCUGAGAAAGUUCUUGCAAACGGUGAGCUUGAAUCUAGUCAAUCCAAGGGUGGAAAUAAUGUAGGUAAGAAGGUUGAAGAAAAAGGACGUGGCAUUAAUGCUUAUUCUGCAUCAUCCAGUUCUGGACAAAAGAACCCAGAUCAUAGUCCUAGAAAGGCUGUGAAGACAUCAGUAGUUCCGCGAGGAAAUGAACUGAGCAGAUUUAGUGACCCCCCUGGUGAUGCUUCGUUGGAUGACCUGUUUCAUCCAUUGGAGAAGAACCUGGAGAAUCGUGCUGCUGAAGUUUCUCUUUCUUCAUCAUCUUCACAAAUUGCUCAAAGCAAUGCGGUUUCCGAAACUGGAAAGAAUGAUUUGGCAACAAAGUUGAGGGCCACAAUUGCUAAGAAACAAAUGGAGAGUGAAUCAGGACCAGCAAAUGGUGGUGAUUUACUCAGCAUCAUGAUGGGUGUGUUGAAGGAGGAUGUAAUAGACAUGGAUGGUUUAGGCUUUGAUGAUAAACUGCCGACAGAAAAUCUUUUUCACCUUCAGGCUGUAGAAUUCAGCAAGUUGGUAUCAUCUUUAAGAACAGAUGAAUCAGAAGAUGUUAUUGUAUCAGCUUGUCAGAAGUUAAUAGCAUUCUUUCAUCAACGGCCAGACCAGAAGCUUGUCUUUGUCACCCAGCACGGUUUGCUUCCUCUGAUGGAGUUACUUGAGGUUCCCAAAACUCGUGUCAUCUGUUCAGUGCUGCAAGUACUAAACCUGAUUGUUCAAGAUAACACGGAUUCCCAAGAAAAUGCUUGUCUCGUUGGCCUUAUCCCUGUCGUAAUGAGUUUUGCUGCCCCCGAUCGUCCUCGAGAAAUUCGUAUGGAAGCAGCUUGCUUCUUUCAGCAGCUUUGUCAGUCGAGUUCCUUGACGUUGCAAAUGUUUAUUGCUAACCGUGGAAUACCUGUUCUUGUGGGCUUUUUAGAAGCUGAUUAUGCCAAAUAUAGGGAAAUGGUUCACAUGGCUAUAGAUGGUAUGUGGCAGGUGUUUAAGCUUCAGCGAUCUACUCCUAGAAAUGAUUUUUGCCGCAUAGCUGCUAAAAAUGGAAUUCUACUCAGGCUCAUCAACACUCUCUACAGCUUGAAUGAAGCGGCUCGUUUAGCUUCUGCAUCUGGUGGAGGUGGGUUCCCUCCUGAUGGAUUGGCUCCCCGACCACGGUCUGGGCCACUUGACCCUGGCAAUUCUUCAUUUAUGCAGACUGAAAUGCCCCCUUAUGGAACUGAUCAGCCAGAUAUGCUUAAGAUUAAGAAUGGAGAGCGUGUUUUGCCAGCUGGAAUGCAGGAACCUUCACGUACUUCAGCUUCACAUUCACCAGAUUCUCCAUUUUUUCGACAGGAUUUUGAGAGGCCUCGGUCAAGUAAUGCUACAGUGGAAGCUUCAGGUCCAUCAAGAUUGCCAGAUGGAACAUCUGUUUCUAGAGAUCGAGAAAGCCUAGACAGAUACAAAAAUGAUCUCUCUCGAGCUGAGAUUGACUUUAGGCAGCAAAGAGGUGGCAAUACAAGUAGAAUAUCGACUGACAGGGCAUCAUAUGGAUUUUCUGCUUCAACAGCUACUCCGCAUGAGAAUGUACGGCCCCUUCUUAGUUUGUUGGAGAAGGAACCCCCAUCUCGCCAUUUUUCGGGUCAGCUUGAAUAUGUUCACAAUCUUCCUGGACUGGAGAAGCAUGAGAGCAUACUCCCUCUUCUGCAUGCAUCUAAUGAAAAGAAAACAAAUGGUUUGGACUUUUUGAUGGCUGAAUUUGCAGAGGUUUCUGGACGUGGAAGGGAAAAUACUAACUUGGAGUCAUUGCCUAGAAGUCCACAUAAAGCUGCCACUAAGAAAGUUGGAGGGGCAGCUUCUACUGAUGGAGUUGCUUCAACUUCUGGACUUGCAUCACAGACUGCGUCAGGUGUAUUGUCCGGCUCUGGAGUGUUAAAUGCUAGACCAGGAAGUGCAGCAUCAUCUGGAAUACUUUCACACAUGGUGUCGCCCUGGAAUGCUGAUGUUGCUAGGGAAUACUUGGAAAAGGUAGCAGACCUUCUGCUUGAGUUUGCUGCAGCAGACACAACUGUAAAAUCCUUCAUGUGCAGCCAAAGUUUGCUCAGCCGUCUUUUUCAGAUGUUUAAUAAGAUAGAGCCCCCUAUUCUUCUUAAGCUAUUGAAAUGCAUUAAUCACCUUUCAACAGACCCACACUGCUUAGAACAUCUCCAGAGAGCAGAUGCAAUCAAGUAUUUGAUACCCAAUCUUGAUCUCAAAGAGGGCCCUCUUGUGUCCCAAAUACAUCAUGAGGUUCUCCAUGCAUUGUUCAACCUCUGCAAGAUCAAUAAGAGAAGACAGGAGCAAGCUGCGGAAAAUGGAAUUAUUCCACACUUGAUGCAUUUUAUCAUGACCAGUUCUCCGUUGAAACAAUAUGCAUUACCUCUUCUAUGUGAUAUGGCUCAUGCGUCACGUAAUUCAAGAGAGCAACUUCGUGCUCAUGGUGGACUUGAUGUAUACCUGAGCUUACUUGAAGAUGAACUCUGGUCUGUCACAGCAUUAGAUUCCAUUGCUGUUUGUUUGGCACAUGACAACGAAAGCAGGAAAGUGGAACAAGCUUUGCUCAAAAAGGAUGCUAUACAGAAAAUGGUCAAGUUCUUCGAAUGCUGUCCAGAACAGCAUUUUCUGCACAUACUGGAACCUUUCUUGAAAAUUAUCACGAAAUCAUCUCGAAUAAAUACAACUCUCGCUGUCAAUGGAUUAACACCAUUGCUUGUCUCUAGGCUUGACCACCGAGAUGCUAUAGCUCGACUGAAUUUGCUCAAGUUGAUAAAGGCUGUGUAUGAGCACCAUCCCCGACCAAAGCAACUUAUUGUGGAGAAUGAUCUACCUCAAAAGCUUCAGAAUUUGAUUGAAGAGCGCAGAGAUGGACAGAGUUCUGGUGGCCAAGUUUUGGUGAAACAGAUGGCGACUUCUCUGCUUAAAGCACUCCAUAUAAACACAGUUUUGUAAAUUACCAGUUGGCCACCUCUCUGCUAAUUGUCUUGCAAGCUGUAUAUUUCCUUGGUUUCAUAUCUGUAAUUAGUCCUCUUUAUUAGUUUGCAUUAUUGGUUGUGCUUCGGGUGUUUUUUAAGCCCUCAGUUCUCUUUCCAAUGUAAUUAUAUCCUGAGUGUCUAAAAAGCGAGAUGCUUAUAUCGAGUUUGUGAGCCUAUCUGAUUCUUUUCUUUCUGAGCUAUUGACUUAUAUGAGUAGUUUUAUUUGGUACAAUAACAUAAAAGUACUCUCCUCUCUGUAUUUUCUUUUAAAGACCUAUCUUUUCUGAAUAAAUACUGAAGAUAUUAGGUAGGGGGAA